CGCCGUCGAACCAUUUACACACAAGAUGAGAACUCGGCACCUUUUCCAUUUUUGCGAGAAAUUCGACUUCCUACGCUGAAUGUGCUGACUUUUUUUUCUAUGUAAAUCCCAAUGUGUGGGUCGGUAAGACCUGGCCGCCGAGGAAAGAAUUGGGCAAGGCGAGGCGAGCUCGUAUUCUAAGCAGCCUGCAGGAAUUCCACAAGUACGCACUUCCAUUGGUGCAAUGAAUGCUGGUUCGCACUGGGAAGACUUCCGAUCGACAAUUUUUACUUCAUCGAUCAUGUACAAGCGUGGCGUAUCCGUAGGUAGAUGAACCACUGAUCUGGUGGAUCUCUAUCCCAUCUCUGUGAAUGGCAAUUGUACCGAGAAGUGAUCAGUCUUACAUAUUCAGCCCCAGGGGGAAAUCCUUGCCUUGUCUUCUACCUUCUAGAACUCCCUGGGGCACGACGUCGAGUUAUUUUUUGUCCUCCUCCAAUUUGCUUUUAGCUAUGGACCUUGAGGGAGCAUCCGUCACACAAGAGCUCCCUCCCACGGGAGACCAAUGCGAUGUCCAACCUUUCCUAGACGAAUAUGGCUUGGAAUACACCCCGGACGGACAGUUCAUCCGCUGGUCAUGUUUGAACAAAGAGCACCCUCGAAAUUGGCCGGCGUCACGCAAGAUCUACGAUACCGGGUUAAUCAUUUUCUUGGAUCUCUUCACGACAUCUGUUAGCACUGCUGGGAGUGCGGCGGCAGAUCAUGCUCGUGAUGAAUUUGGACUCAGUAAGACACUGGCUGUCUUCCUUUUUGUCUCCCUUUCUCUACUCGGCCAAAUGAUCGGUGGUAGUAUUUUUCCUGCUUGUUCCGAAGCAUUCGGUCGAAAGAAGCUUUACAUUGUCAGCACCGGCCUAUUCAGCCUCUUUUGCCUAAUCGGAGGCGUCGUCCCUUCAAUUGCCGCUGUCGCGAUCGGUCGUUUCUUCUCCGGCUUCCUUUCCGCGAUACCAGCAGUCGUUGUCGCCGGCAGCAUUGAAGAUAUGUACAAUGCCAAAGAUCGGGUGUGGUUCAUUUUUCUGUGGGCCGUUGUUGCAAAUAUGGGCCUCGCAUUAGGACCCAUAAUGAGCAUCUAUAUUAUAGCCCACCUGAGCUGGCGAUGGGUAUUCCGGAUCUCCGCAAUUGUUACCGCCAUCAUCACGCUGCUCCUCUUCGGGAUCCGCGAAUCGCGCCCAUCUUCGGUUCUGGAAAAGCAGGUUGCAAAAUUACGCCGAGAAAGUGGCAUCCCGAACCUCAAAGCAUUGAACCCAGACCACACCCCGGAUCUGAAGACCUUUGUCCGCCUUAGUCUCUUCCGUCCGAUUCACCUCUUUUUCACGGAGCCCAUAGUUUUCGUUGUCGCAACCAUGAGCGCAGUGGCAUUUGCAUUGAUAUACCUGUUUACGGAAGCGUUACCACCGAUUUACAUGUCAAUGGGGUUCUCAACGACAUCCUCCUAUCUACCCUUUCUGGCGAUCUGCAUCGGGAUAUUGUUUGGGCUACUUACCCGGAUAGUAGACCACCGGAUCAUCGUAAGAUAUCAAGAACAGGGCAUUCCGCUCGAGCCAGAACACAAACUCCUCGGGUUUUCCGUUGGCGCACCCAUUCUCGCCCUAGGUCUAUGGUGGUUUUCAUGGACCAUUCCACCGACAGUGCACGUCCACUGGCUUAUCUCCACAGCCGCACUCAUUCUCAUUGGGUACGCCGUCAACGAAUUCGAUUCUGUCUUGGCGGGUUAUCUAGCCGAUAGCUAUUUGGGCUACGCAGCCAGUGGCUUCGCUGCAGUUCAACUCCUCCGCUCCUCGAUGUCGGCUGCUUUUCCCUUAUUUGCGAUAGAUAUGUUCGAUUCAUUAGGUGCGAAUGUGGCGUCGUCGAUUUUGGCUGCUCUCGCAACUUUUUUCUGUAUCGUUCCGCCGCUGUUUAACAGGCAUGGAAGACGGAUUCGAGGUCUUAGCAAGUUUGCUAAGCAUAGCUUGCAGGUCUAUCAGGAGAAUGGAGUUGACAAGCAUGGAUAUUGAAAUCCUUGCUGAUGGUGUUGAUCAUUGUACGUGAAUACAGCGCAUGGACGAAUGGUAGCCUGUCACUACCAAGCCACUGGUUAUCCGGGAACUCACAUCAUCUUGUCAGCGUCGGUGUUAAAACCACCAAGUAUUGGCACACAAGGAUAAUUCAAGCAUGCCUCGAAUCCACCUCGAGUACAGAAAUACUUCUGAUUAUACCAGAUGACGGCCCCCCACCUCAUACACCUAUACUAUAUCGACAUGAGUGCAGCAUGUUCGACAAGAGGAAUGGCGAGAUUCUGCUACACCCUACAGCGGAUGUGGAUCUACAGAGGGCCAAAAAAUAUCAAAGCAAGAGAUAACAGAAGAGUAUAGAGUAAAUAUAAAAGAAUUGAG